UUGCGAGUAGUUCAAGGAGAAUUUAAUCCAAAUCUAGUAUAAUCUGUACGUAUUUUCGUAAGAUUGAAAUUAAUGUCAAUUAUUUAUCAACCAAAUUACAACUGACACAACAACAUUUAACAUUUUCAUCAGCUCAAAAUUUCCUGUUUAAAUUAAACCAAAUAACAAACCAACAUGUCGCACGUGUUUUAUGCGGACGCCGAGAACCGUUCCAAACGCCGCAUCAGACGCUGGUACCAGGAGAACCUGAUGCCGGCGCUAUUGGCCAACAAGGAGCGACAAGUUCGCGAUGUCGACGUGUCUAUCGCUCUUACUCAGAAGAUGUUGGCCAUAUUAGACGAGCCAGUUGCAGUCCCAGUGGUAGUCCCGCCACAUGAAAUCGAAUCGCGAGGUGAUGACGACAGCCUGAUGACCCCGAUAGAGCCUGAAGUUCUAGACUUGCUGUACGGCUGCACGGAGAAAGGCGCGGCCGAACAAUAUCUCAAGGCUAGGUAUAAGAAAGCGCCUGAAGACAAGUUUUAUUUUCGAUUGGCUACGAGUUGGGACUACGGUUGGCAGCAGAAGCAGUCACGCCUGCGUGCCCGUGACGUCAACCGCGGCCGCUGCGCCAUCCUGAGGGACACCUUCUACAGGAAGAACAACCUAGCCCCCGACCCCAGGCAUUACGCCCAGCCCGCCGGUGGCGAAGUCUCCAUAUGCAGCGAAUAUUCUUGCAACUUUUCAUAAAAGCGCAUUUAGUCUUUGACUAAUUUGAAAAAGAAAAAAUUAGGACGAAUUGCGAACCCCUUUUGGUUCACAAUUCGCCGAUUUUCUUUUUUUUAUAAAUAAACGCAU